CAAGAAAAGCACAAAGCCGAACACCACAGAAUCCAUGCAGACUUCACCUCCAUCAGUAUUCAAUACCUCAUAUAUCAGAUAAUAGAAAUCUAUAAAUGUAGAUCAGCUUUUGUAACUUGUAUCAUGAAUUAUUAUAAUAUAAAUUUAUCUCUCAUAAUUUUUUACAUCCACGUUAAAUCCGUAUCUGUCGUAUCCAAAUUUCCUAACACACACCCAGCAAAACAGAUGAACACACCCAACACCAUAUAAAGCAGCAGGAGCUCUCCUCCUGACGCCCCACUGGUAUCCAUCAUCUAUCUACUCAUAGUUUCAACACAUCCAUCCAUCCUCUUUGAUUUCUCUUAAGCUUAUUAAUCAAGCAAGAUAAAAACGCUAGCUAAUUAUCUUCACGCCCACCUCUACUGGUGCGAGUGGUCCAACAAGCUUGGUUGAUCGACGCAGAGAUUCGUUAGAGGAUGAGAGCUGGGGGCUACACCAUGCAUCAGGCGCUGACGCCGGAGGCGGCGGCGGUGGUGAAGCAGGCUGUGAGCCUGGCGCGGCGGCGCGGGAACGCGCAGGUGACGCCGCUUCACGUGGCGAGCGCCAUGCUGCAGCAGCAGCAGCAGGCGGCCGCCGCGCCGACGUCGGGGCUGCUGCGCGCCUCGUGCCUCCGGUCGCACUCGCACCCGCUGCAGUGCAAGGCCCUGGAGCUCUGCUUCAACGUCGCGCUCAACCGCCUGCCGGCCUCCUCCGCCUCGCCGCUCCUCGGCGGGCACAGCCACGUCUACUACCCGCCGUACCUCUCCAACGCGCUCGUCGCUGCCUUCAAGCGCGCGCAGGCGUACCAGCGACGGGGCUCCGUCGACACGCAGCAGCAGCCGGUGCUCGCCGUCAAGAUCGAGCUCGAGCAGCUCGUCAUCUCCAUCCUCGACGACCCCAGCGUCAGCCGCGUCAUGCGCGAGGCCGGCUUCUCCAGCACACAGGUCAAGGCCAACGUCGAGAACUCCGUCUCUUCCAUUGAAGCAAACAACUCUGCUUGCACCACCGCCGCUGCCACCGCACCCCAAAACCCUAACCCUAGUGCAGCUCCAGACGAAGAAACCAAGCCUAUUAAGCUACUACUACCUCUCGAUCAAGUGCACGACGAGGACGUCGCGGCCAUCCUGGACGGCAUGGCCACCCGGAGGAAGAGGCGUGUCAUGGUCGUCGCCGAGUGCGCGGCCACGGCCGAGGCGGUGAGGUGGGCGGCGGUAGAGAAGAUCAAGCGCGGCGAGGCCCUGCGCGGUGCGCAGGUGGUCAGCCUCAGCCUAUUCAGGUUCCGCGACCUGCCGAGGGACGGGGCGGAGUGGCGGCUCGCGGAGCUCCGGUGCGCGGUCAAGGCCUCCGGCGGCAGGGCGGGCGGCGUGGUGCUGGUUGUGGAGGACCUCGGGUGGGCGGCCGAGUUCUGGGCCCGGCGCGCCGAGGAGGGGAGGGGGAGGUGGCCGUCAAGCUGCAGCUACUACUGCGCCGUGGAGCACGCCGUCGCGGAGGUGCGCGCCCUGGCGUGCCUCAACGGCGACGGCGUCUGGCUAGUGGGCCACGGGACGUACCAGAGCUACAUGAAGUGCAGAGCCGGGAACCCCUCGCUAGAGAUCCUCUGGGAGCUCCAGACGCUUGCCGUCCCCGCCGGCAGCCUCGCCUUGAGCCUCAACUGCGCCGAAGACAGUGCAAUGGCGGUCAAUCACCGGUCGAUCAGGGCAAAGUGCGACGACGGAAGCGGGAACGGAUCAGUGUCGCGGUGCCUGUCGCUUUUGGACGCUGGUGGCUCCGGCCAGCUGACGGCCGUCUCAACCUGUUACGGCGACUGCUCUACCACAAAUUGCGACGCCGCGAAGGCGUUGGCACGAUCAGUCGUGCCGUUGUCCAGCAUUCCUCCUUGGCUUCAGCAUUGCCGCGAUCAGGAGCCAUCCCAUUGCGAGAAAUGGAGCUCAACAUGCGGCGGCUCGCCGUCAAACAGGACGACUCUGAACUUCUCCACGGUGGUGUCGCCGUCCACCUCCGUCUCCUCCUACGAGCAGCACUACCACCUGCACCAGCCGUACCAGCCAUGGCUUGCCGCCGACGCCUACGAGGCCAAGCACCCGUGGAAGGCCAGGUGCGGCGGGCAGAUCCACGCCGUCGACGACGAGAACGUCAAGUUUGUAAGCGCGAUAAAGGUCAAGUCCCACGACUCGAGCGCGUCCAAUGGCUCGGUGGAGGUGGAGUGCCGCUCCCGGUUCAAGGAGCUCAGCACCGAAAACCACAAGGUCCUCUGCUCCGCGCUGGAGAAGAAGGUGCCAUGGCAGGCGGAGAUCGUGCCCGAGAUCGCGAGCACGGUCCUCCGGUGCCGGUCGGGCAUGUCGAGGAGGCGCGAGACCGACACCACGAGGCUGGCGAGCGCGAAGGAGGACACGUGGAUGUUCUUCCUUGGAGGCGACGCCGACGGCAAGGUGAGGGUGGCCAGGGAGCUGGCGAGCCUCAUCUUCGGUUCGCGCAAGAGCUUCGUAUCCUUCGGCGCCACUGCGGCAUCGCCGGCACGGUCGGACUCCAACGAGCAGCAGCACCGGACCAAGCGGCCGCAGUUGUCGAUGGAGGCGAGCAACCACGGCUGCCUCGAGAGGCUCUAUGAGGCCGUGCGCGACAACCCGCACCGCGUCAUCCUGGUGGAGGACGUCGAACAGGCCGACCGGCGGUGCCAGAUGGGCAUCAAGGAGGCAGUCGAGAUCGGAGUGGUCCGGAGCCAUGGAGGCGACGAGGCCGCCCUCGGCGAUGCCAUCGUCGUCCUGAGCUGCGAGAGCUUCGACUCGAGGUCGAGAAAUUCCUCGCCGCCGCCAGCCAAGAAGGCAAAGACAGAAGGCGAGGAGGAGCCCAGAGACGAAGAAGGUACAGGUAAUCACCACAAGGAAGCCAUCGCCGCCGAGGCGCCGGUAUCGUCUUGCUUUGAUCUAAACAUGAGCGUCGAGGACGGCCACGUGGAGGAGAGUUGCUUUACAGAUGCCGGCCUGCUCAAAGCAGUGGAUCGGGCGUUCUUCUUCAGACGACCCGAUGAGAUUUGUGAUUAGUUAGUGAUCAAAUCAACAAUUCGUGUGAAAUGACUCGUAUUUAACUGUUAUUCUCUCUCUUAUUCUUCUCUGUAUUGUUGUUUAGUUCUUCACUUUCCUUUUUGUUUGGGAAAGAUCGUUGUAUUGGCAGAAUGGAGCGGUAACGCCCUGGCUAUA